UGGAUAAUAGUACCAAAAUGAAAAUGAAAAUGGCGUCUGCUGGGUGUCGUUUCAUGUCGGAAUAAUAUUAUUUAAGUGUUUUAUUGUAAUAUUUUUGAUGUAUUUAAACUCCAAUCAUUGUAAAUAUUUUCAGAGUAUCAAUUGAUUCAUGGUUUAUCUUAGUAAAAUGAACAUUACUUUAUAUUUUUUUAGAAUUUACGUCUAAACAAGUCAACUCUAGUAAAUGGAGUUUUAUUUGUUGUGAAAGUGAAUAAUGUGAUUAUACAAACAUGAUGGCAUUUACUCAGGAAAAUAUAGUGUCUAGCACACAGGGAAAUGCAGAAAAUUAUUUGGGAACUUCUCGUGAAAGCUUCGACUCUUUGGGCGCAGCUGGAGUUCAGUUGUGCAGCGUGAAUUGCGCCAAAGUGAGUCCCCUGCCGUCGAUGAAACCUCAAAUUGCCAAGUUCAAUGUGAAAGAGAAACUUGAUCAGAAGAAAGUGCAAAAGAACAAGUCGAAAAAUGCAAAGAAGAAAGAGAAAAAUAAGAAAAAGCAAAAACAGAAUCAGCUAGAUAAGUGUUUCGAGGGCGAUGAAGCUUUCAAGGAGACUGUCAACACUUUGGAGAUGAUCACAGGUCACAUUAAGGAUUUGAUUCUCAAGAGAAGAAGGUUACUAACUGUUGGCCGAAUUAGUGGCAUACUGAACUCUAUUAUCGAGUUCCUCCAGACAAUCGACAAGAAGUGUCUAACUAAACCUAAUAAAGUUUUCAUUGUUAAGCCGUUCCUCACAGAUAUUGUGUCCCAAAUGCAUCUGCUGUAUUCUGACUUGAGAAAGGUAAAUACAAAGUUCAAUUCUGACAAGGAACGUCAUAAUUAUCUGAAUAAGGUGUCAGAUCUGUUGGCGAUGAUUAUUGAUUUGGAAAUUACCACUGCGAAAAUAUAUUUAUGUAAAAAAUGUGAAGGAAAGUCUUUUAGAACGGAAGCCAUUCUGAAAAAUCAUUUGAAGAAAAUUCAUAAAAUAAAAACGUCUACUGGAGACUGGUGGACAGAUGACAAUGACAGUAACUCUUAUAUCGGGAUUGCUGAAGGGCAGAGAGAAAAACUUGUGUCGAUGUUGACUUCAUCUUUGUACACAUAUUUAGAUAAUUCGUCCAAUCAUAUAAUAGACACCAUGUUGAAGACAACUAAUAAAAACAAGAAUAAGGCAUCGAAGAUAUUUAGCAGGAUAUUUAGCCGCAUCCUGCGAGCGCCGGCUGCCGGGCUGAGCAUCGUGGAAUACGCGCGUCACGUGUUGGCCUUCAAGAUGUGGAAGAAGAUGCUGGACAGCCAUCAGGCGCAGAGGGAGGUGACGCGGCUGGCGGCCGCCCGGCUGCCCUUGCCUCCGCCCCUCUUCCGCGAGCGGGUGGCCGUGCUCGAGGGCAUCAUGCCCUAUGUGCCCCCCUCCACGCCCGACCACGCCGUCACCGUCUACUGCCUCUCCGUCUUGUCGGUGCGCGGUAUCAAGUACGAGCUCAAGGAUCAGUUACAGAAAUAUUUGCUACUGAUCAGCAAUCCUCACAGAUAUACUGAACUAUUGAAGCACUCGAAAGUCUUCAGUGAAAAUCGAAACGAUUUCGAUGUCAAAGACUCCAUUUUUGCUGUUGACGAAGAGGAUAUGAUUUUUUACGACACUUUUCCUCCAGAGUCACCUACCAAGAAUACUACUAGCAAUAAAAAAGGUGCUGAAAAGAAAUCAGCCGACAAGAAGUCAGUUGAUAGAAAAUCAGCUGAAAAGAAGAGCUCUGAUAAGAAGUGCAAGAGCUCGGCUACUGUAACAGUCGACUGCCAAAGAGACUCGAACUUGGUGGCAGCUGAUCCAUCUGAGUUGGUAACUUCGUCGAAUGAGUUCCAACACACACUUUCCGAGACGAAAAUCAAAACUGAAAUACUGGACGAAUUGGAUGCUGAGGACAAGGUCUGUGCCGAGGAGGAAACAGCUGUUACCUGCGCAGAAGAGUGCGAAGAAGUGACAGAAGUGGCUCACGACCUCACUGAUCGCACCUCUUGUGACCAGAAACGGACCGAUAUUCAGAUUAAGAGGAAGUUGGUUGAAGAUAAAUAUUCCGAUCAGAAAUAUUUAAAUCGGGUCUGGCCUGAGAAGAAAACACAGAUCGUAACACCAUUCGCAGCAAGCAGCGGCCUGUGCGCUACCAACCUGAAGCCGCCAUGCGACGAUCCGAUGCCUUUGGACCUGCAAAAGUCGUGCGACAAUGCGAUGCAAUUGGACUUGCACAAGUCGUGCGACAAUGCGAUGCUAUUGGACUUGCACAAGUCGUGCGAUGAUGGGAUGCCAUUGGACUUGCACAAGUCGUGUGACAAUGCGUUGCCAUUGGACUUGCAUAAGUCGUGCGACAAUACGAUGCCAUUGGUCCUGCCCAACCUGUGCGAUCCGUGGUCGCCCGAUCUGUUCGGCGAAAUGGAGAAGUGCAUUGACGAGAACGCACUCGACGACGCAGACGACAUGGCUAUCGAUGCAGACGACAGACUGGCAAUGAAGAUCAAGCAAGAGCUGAGCGAGUUGAAGGCAGAUGCAUUCGAGAGAAGAAAGUCAACCUUACAGGAAGAUGAUUUCACAGAAGAGUUCAGCGAACAGUCGACUGGCGAGUUGAGCUGUGACAUUAUCAACUUGCUCAACUCGCCUGAUACAGCCGUCUUCGAUUUAUUAACGAAAAACACUCCUGACUCUCGCUGGUUCUCGAUGAUUAUGGAUGUAGACAUGGAAGAUGUGAUUGGCAACGAUGCCUCCAAUUGCUUCAAAGGUAAUAUGCAAUUUUCAAGAGAUGUAAUGUCGUUAGAGGCAUUAUUAUUAGACUCUCCAAGUGAGCAGACUUUCAGUAAAGAACACAUUGGCUUUGAAUCUCCGAAAUCAAAGGCUCUGUGUCGAAGACAAAUGGAUUUGUUGCUGGGAGGGUUUUGUGAAGAGGAGCCGCAACCGAAAAAGGCGAGGUCUUCGUCAGAUUCGCAAAACUACCCUCUAACACCGCCGGCCACUCCACUUCCACUGGCCACUGAAAACGCCAAAAGUCAAGUUGAAUCUCAACAAGAAGCAUCAUCGUCGAGAAAGGAUACUCCGGAAAAGAAUCCUGAAAAUUCACCAAAACCAUGUUGUUCUGAAAAAGUCUAUGAAAAGAACAAAACCAAUGGAGACAGGGCAUUACCGGAACAGAUUAAAAGCUCCCCAGCAAACAGACCAACCAGCACCUCAAAGAAUGUUAACUGUAAAAACACUGUUGUGGAUCGAACAAAGGACAAUAGUUCAAGUGGAAAGCCGGCAAUAACCUUGCCUGAAUGUACAUGCGAUCAACGAUUGAGUGGAUCUAGGAUUGAUGCUUGUUUUACGUAUUUCCAUCGAACAAAGCUCAUUUGUCCGAAUAGGGAGAAAACUUAUAUAUUUAGUGUAUCGUUUUAUCCGCUGUUAACAUCCGAGUGCUCGAAAGCAAUAAAGCCGAGAAAAAAUAUAGCAGAGAGGCGACAUUCACAAGUUGAAAGCAUAACUCGAAACGUUGAUAUAUUUAAAAAGGAUUUCAUUAUUUUCCCCAUUGAAAAGCAUGGACACUGGUUGGUUGUUAUUGUUUGUUUUCCUGGACUGACGGGUCCCGUCGAAUACCAGCCAAAAGAACAAAUAGAAAAGCACUCUUCUCCCAAGAAAAAUUUGGUCAAAGAUGAAGUGCAGCCGAGAACGUGGGUAGGAAAAGCUAGGAGGACUCGGUCAGGCUGUUAUACUGUUUAUAAGAAGAGGAAUUCCAAAGAAGCAAAUGACUGUGAUACGGACUCGAACAAAACGACCAUUGGAAAUAUUAAAUCUCCAACGAAGACCUCUGAAUCGAUUCUUGGACUUGAUGAUUGGACUUCUAACGGCAGUCAACCGAUCAAGCAGCCUUGUAUAUUAGUGUUUGAUUCUUCACCAAAACCUCGAAGAACAGAAGUGGUUGAAGUGAUACGAGAUUAUCUCAAAGUCGAGUACAAAGUUAAACAUGGUGAGGAUAAUGACUUUUCAUCCAUGAAAUUCUGUAAACCCGAAGUGCCAACGCGUCAGGAUUCAGCGUGCUGUGGGCUCUACAUGUUGGUGUAUGCUGACUCCUUUUUUAAUAAUCCGAUAGUGGACUACCGUCUUCCGAUCAAGCACCUCGGCGACUGGUUUCCGCUGGAGACGGUGGCGAAGAAGCGCGAAGAGAUCGACCGGUUCGUGCCGGAUCUGAGUCGGGCGCCCUCGAAGCCGCUGGACAGUCUGGGCGCAGUGGCCGUGCUUGAGGACUGCAAUACCAGCCAAGACGUCACCAACGAUUUCUGCGGCUUCGAUCUCGAUCAGCCGUUGCACGGUCUGCUGAGUGCCGAUCACCGCACCGACCAUUUCCUCAACGACGACGACGACAAUGCUGUCAUGGAUGUGAUUGAGCGCCCGGUCACCCCCCGCCCCACCCCCACCCCUCAACUAUGUGUAACGCUCUCUCGUUGUUCGGUCGAAUACGUGUCUCCGCCUCUGAAGAAAAAGCGUGGACGGAGAAGAACUGCUGCUCCCAGCACUGCCUUGAAAACGCUGUCUACCGUCAAACGGAAAAUUCUUGGGUCGGAAAAACCUAUUGCCACCCGAAAAAGGAUGGUAAACUCAUCGUCAGCCACCCGCAAAUCGACGGGAAAUUCAACGUCUCUCCGGAAAACUCCUGGCUCGGUAAACUCAACAUCUCCCAAGAAAGAAACGGCUGGCUUGAAAAACCCAACGUCUCCCAGGAAAACGGCUGUCUUGGAAAACUCAACCUCUCCCAGGAAAACGGCUGUCUUGGAAAACUCAACAACGUCUCCGCGAAAAACAGCUAGCCCAGAAAAAUCCAUAGCUACCCGGAAAACGACGGCUGUCCCGGAAAAUUCGACAGCAGCUGCUAAAAAAUCUUCAACGUCCAAGAAGAACGAGCCUGCUAACAACCCGGCUAAAAAAGGCAAGAAGCCUGCCAUGAAGAGGAGAUCAUUGCGCAGGCGCAAACCACCUCCGAAAUCGGUGAUAAUCUUGCGCUCCGCAAGCAACAAAGCCGCUAGAGGCAAAGACAAUUCUACCUUAAUUCCACUGCGCAAACCCGUUGUUAAUGAAUAUUGGAAAAAUAUCCAAAAACAGGAUAAGCAAAAUAGCAGAAGAUGCAGUAAGUGACGUUAAGAAAUUACUCCAAGGAUUAUCACCUAGGAGUAACUAUUUAUUCCAAUCCUGUACAGAAUUGUUA